GAAGCGGGUGUCUCCACCGAAAUUGAUAACCGAGAGGCUGGAAGCCGGCAGGCACCAUGCAGUACACCGGGAGCCAGUAUAUCGGGGAAUAUGUAGAUGGGAGGAUGGAGGGCAAAGCAGAAUACAUCCUCCCUACAGAAACGAGAUACGUUGGGGACAUGAAGGAUGGCAUGUUUCAUGGCGAAGGAACCCUGUACUUUCCCAAUGGGAGCCGAUAUGAUGCCACUUGGGAAAAAGGAUUGGCUGUAAAGGGCAAGUAUACCUUUGCUGAUGGGCUGGAGUAUGAUGACAAACACUGGCAUUACUGUGACAGCUAUGACAGAAGGUUUUACACAGAGAUCUGCUUUGGCUUGAAGCCUUCAGGUAUCUCUCAACUCACCAAUAUGGACCCACCUAGAAAAAUCCCUUUCGGCCAUUAUGAUUGUGGAGACGGCUUCUACAACCCCAUCUCAAGGAUUGUCAAGGACUACAGGGGCCGCUUCCUGAGAAACGCCGAUGAUGAUGAGCAUGAGUGGAUCAUCCAGACCUGUCGGAAGGGCUGGGAUGAGAUCGUUGGUCACAGGCCCAAGCUGUGAACCCUACCAGAAGUUUCCAUUCACCCGGCUGACAGUGGGGACAGGAUGUAGAUCCAGAACUUCCAUUUUUAAUUCUGGAAUAAAGGCUUCCUGAACUU